UCACGAUGAGAUAGCAAAUGUUGCCACUAUUGUGCAACAGAGACGAGGAAUAAGACUCCUCUGCAACCAGACCGGAGUCAUUCUGGGCCCUGUGUCGACGUCACGUGGUUGUCAGGUCUUCGGUCAAGGAAACCCGCAAUACGAAGGGUAGUGACGAGUCACAAAGUCAUGGCGGAGAAUGAGGUGACCUGGCUGCGUCCCGCCACAGACAUCGAGACGCUCUUCACUCAGAUUCAGGAGACAGCGGGGCUCUUGGUGUCCACGUAUGGCCUUACGAUCCGCACGGCACAACCUUUGAAGGACGAGCAGGUGCAGGAAGCUCUCGUGCAUCUAUUCAGAAAGGUGCCCACGCUGAGGCUGUGCUUCCGGCGCAAAGAGGACGUCUUCUGGACUUGUGAAAUGAAACGAGAACAUAUCGACUUUAAGGCUGUGGACAGGAGUGACCAGCUGAAGUUACAGGAAGAAUUAAUGAACCACCAGUUUAACAACAGCGAGGGGCCGUUGUGGUGCGCUAGGCUUCUUGAGCACAACUCGUGUGGCGGCACCACCAGUCCGGGAUUGGAGGCUUCCUUUCCCUACAGCCGCAGUCUCGUGCUGGCCAACCAUCACGGCAUCGCUGACGGCACAACCAACUGUCGAACCGUGAAUUGUUUCCUCCGAAUCCUGGACGACGUCAUCGCUGGCAAUCCCAUUGACGACAGUGAACAGUUGGGCGAGUUGGCCAGCGGCGAGGAGACGGCAACCUUAUUGGCGGUCACAGAAGAGGAACUUAAGGAAAAUACAGAGAAUCUGGAGCAAGCCGUUGAAGAGUAUAAAAAGCAACACGAAAAGGAGAAACUCAUUGUCCGAGCUUUUCCUAACCAGGAUGACCCCAACUAUAUCACCAAAAUCAUCUCAGAGACUCUGGACGAAGAAACAACCAGUCGCUUCUUCCGGCGAUGCAAGCAGGAGGGAGUCACGGUGAACAGCGGCUUUACGGCGUUGACCAAUUGCUCAUUAGUGGACUUAGUGAGGGAGACGGGAAUGAAGCAAGACAACUACCCGCUUCAAGUGACUCACGCCGUCAACAUGCGGCGCUACUGGCAAGGAGACGUGUCCCGGGCUCUGGGGUGCCACAUAGCAGUCAUUUCCCUGCAUGAAACCCUCACUCACCAGUGGAGAGACAACUUUUGGCAGUACACGCGGGACCUCCACACCAAGGUCCAUGACAGUCUGAAGGACAAGGGACCUUUGAAGUAUUGGAUAUACUAUUUCAUGGUUAAGGGAGACGAUGCGGUCGAGAAUAUGCUAAAGGGAAGGCCGGAGGUGGACAGUGACUACUGUUUAGCCAACAUUGGGAACCUGGAUCACCUCAUUCCUACAGAUGGUGACCACGCCCGCCUCGCCCACUUGGUGCGCACCACACAGUGCUGGAAUGAACGAAUCUGUCACAUGUUGCAUUCGCUGCGUGGCCGCCUCCUGUAUAACCUUUGUUACACCAGUGAUUCCUUAACCGAACAACAGGCACGCAGGUUUACGGAUCUCAUCUUCCAGAACCUCAAGGAUAUGAUAUGAAUGGCAGUCACCGUCAGCCCGAAACAGUCACUACAUCAUGUCACCUGCCUGACCCAGGAAUGAGAUCAUUGUUGAGCUACGCUUGUCUGUCACACUCAGUUCCAUCACACAAAAAAUAUAAGAUCAUAAGAAAAUACGGGAAACAGCAAAAAGCCAUCAGGCCACUAUAUGAAAUACAUAUACUUAUACCUACAUAUUUGAUUCCACCCGGUUUAAAAGGGUUUAUAAGUGUUGUCUUUCUUAGAGAGACAACAGGGAGCAGCUUGUCUUUCUUCCUAAGCAAGACGUAAAGAAGAAAAUUUAGCCUGUACAACCUUUGUUACACCAGUGAUUCCUUAACCGAACAACAGGCACGCUGGUUUACGGAUCUCAUCUUCCAGAACUUCAAGGACAUGAUAUGAAUGGCAGCCACCCUCAGCCCGCAACAGUCACUACACCAUGUCACCUGCCGAGGUUUGUAGGCCUGACCCAGGAAUGAGAUCACAUAAUAGUAAAUGGGAUAAACAAGCAUCAGUAGACCAUUAGGACUUAGAACACCAUCCUCUUGCCUUAUCUGAUGUACUAUAUUAGACGCUAACAAAACUGAAUAGAGAUUUCCAUCGAUACCUAAAUGGAAUCCACUGGUAACAUGUGUGGCUGGGCACUUUUCUAUAACAUAUUCAGUUUGUGUCUCGCCACAUCUACACGGCAUUCCGCCCUGUUACUACAACUCUCUAUCUCGCCAUGGCGUGUCCUCUCACUCUCAUCUCAACAGAGAACAAUCAGUGGUAUUCUAUUUUGAAAUUUUUUUUUCUUAUCACACAGUGCAGAGAAAAUAUAACACUUGUGUGGCCUGUGGAAAAGAAAGUGUCAAUGCUUCUCCUACGACCACCUAUUGUUGAGCUGCGCUUGUCUGUCACGCUCAGUUCCAUCACACAAAAGAACAUAAGAUCAUAGGAAAAUAAGGGGAGCUGCAAAAAGCCAUCAGGCCACUGUAUGAAAUACGUAUACAUAUACCUACAUAUUUGAUUCCACCCGGUUUAAAAGAGCUUUAUAAGUGUUGUCUUUCUUAGAGAGACAACAGAGAGCAGCUUGUCUUUCUUCCUAAGCAAGACGUAAAGAAGAAAACUUAGAAGCGACAGCUGGCAUGUGGCGAUUUUGAGAAGACACCAAACUGGCUGGGAUAAUGAGUUGGGUGGUCAGUUAUGUUUCUCAAAAUUUGUAACGUUGAUGGUGCUAACUGUUGUGCUUCGUUUAUAAACACAAGGACGUUGUGACACACCACGACUUCUGCCCGCUCCCACAUCGUGAAAUGCUGUCACGAAAUAUAUACUACGUGAUCGCCGCUCUGCUACACGUAUCGGUUUAAAUGAGUCAACAGUUGAAGAGGGAAACAUAGAUAAGAAAUGGAGAAAACGAACGACAGGAAUCAAAGAUUAAACAGUGAUAAUGAAAAAAAUUACAGUUGUGAUGACGGAUGUGGUAAAGAAAGAGCGUAAGAAAACUGCCGUUCCGCGUCUUAUCACGAUGAGAUAGCAAAUGUGGCCACUAUUGCACAACUGACUCUGACAAUAAGGAACCACUACAGCCAGACCGCAGUCAUUCUGGGCCCUGUGUCGACGUCGCGUGGUUGUCAAGUCUUCUCUCAAGGAAACCCGCUAUACGAAGGAUAGUGACGGUGAGUGCGAUGGUGACUUGGGAAAAUAGUAUAAUUGUUGUAAACUGACGCAGUCAAAGAAGAAAGAAGAAAUAACAGAAAAGAAACAAGAGAAGACAAUAGAAUGAGAGGAAUAGAAACCUAAAUAAGGAAGAAGAAAAAAUAGAGAAAAACAAAAAACAUUGUACCAUGUAGUAGGAUUUUGGUAGGGUCUUGACAGUAACUAAUCGAAGAUCUACCUGAAGGUCUACCCAUGACCUGACUCAGACAAAAAUGUAAACAUAAGGAGACAAAUAUAUGGGAGGAGCUUGAAAGAAAUACAGUGGAGGCACACAUGGUCUUGACCUGAGGGAAGAAGAGGCACCGCAGGCGAGGGGACACUAGCUAGACGCCCAUAUCGUGCCUCGGAUACCCGGAUUGGGUGAACUAUAUAGUGCCUAGUGGGCGUGUCUAUGUACAAUGUAUUUUUGUGGAUUGGGUCAAGAUAUAUUUUGCCAUGCCUAAGGGUGUGUCUGGUGACUUGUGUUACUGUGGAUUGAGUCAAGAUGCAUUGCCACGCCUGAGGGUGUAAAAAAAAACACGUGUAUUACUGUGGAUUGGAUUAAAAAGUACAUUGCCACACCUAUGGGCGUGAUCUAAGUAAGGUAUGCAUUUCUGCUUGGAAAAUAGGUGAACUAACAACCUACGGGUAUAAAAUAGGAUGUAACUAAGAGAGAGAGGGGUUGGGAGUGCCAGUCAAGAAAAGGAAGAAGAGGAGUCCUGACCGGAGAGGCGUCAGAGGCGACAUGGAGAAAAUCAAUCUUGUGUUAUUAAGUGAAGCUUAAACAGUUGGUGAUGCAGUCUCAGUUAUUUAUAAUUUCAUGGAGUUAGAGAAGGAAACAAUAUUUUAGGAUGUUAUAUUUGUAAGAUGUUUAAAUUGAAGAUUUGUGUUUGAUUUGAUAUGUUGUGUGAUUUUGACUUGAAUAUGUUGAAUGAUUUUGACUAUGAAUUUUGAUGUUUGGAUUUUUUAUGAGAAACUUUUGAGAACUGUGUCAAAUAUAUGGAGAGAUAAUUUGCUACUUGCCGAAGUAAUUACUGAUGAGUAUUUGUGCAUUUCAUUUUAAUCUAAUGAAACGUAGAAAAUCUU